AUGUAUGGAGCUUUCAAAGAGUGCCACGCGGUGCUGCCUCCACAAGUCUUCUUCGACAACUGCGUGUUCGACCUGUGUGCCACGGGCGGCAACCCCCUGUCGCUGUGCCAGGCCCUGCAGGCCUACGCCGACCAGUGCGCCCAAGCCGGCGUCAUCGUCACGUGGAGGAACAACACCUUCUGCCACAUACAGAAGGGACGUGAGGCAUGGGGCCUUCCCGUUCUGCAGAAAUCAUCGCGUGUGUGUGUGGCACCCACAGCACUCACUUGCAAACCGGGCAGCCACUAUGAGAGCUGUGCACCGCCCUGUCCAGCCACCUGCAGCAACACAAGUCUCCCGGGUGGUUGCAACCAUCUUUGUGGGGAGGGCUGUGUCUGUGACGAUGGCUUCGUCCUCUCUGGGGACAAGUGCGUCCCGGCGGAGCAGUGCGGUUGCCUGGAUAACAACGGAAACUACCACCCGCUCGGGGAGAACUGGUUUGAAUCGGAGACCUGCGACCGGCGCUGCACAUGCGUGAUGCCCGGAUACGCGAGUUGCGAUGCCUGGCACUGUGGAUUGCAAGAGGUCUGCACUGUGGAGGAUGGAAUUCUGGGCUGCCACAGCAAGGGUUAUGCCACGUGCCACGUUGCUGGAGAUCCCCACUACUUCACCUUUGACUUGAUAAUGAUCAGCUACAUGGGCACAUGCACGUACACGCUGGUGGACGUGUGCAAUGACACCAACGUGACGCCCUUCACCAUCACCGCCAAGAACGAGGAGCGCGGGCAGGCGUCCGGCUCCUACCUCAAGCACGUGAUCGUCGACAUCGCGGGCCACCGCGUCACCCUGCAGAAGAGCCACCGCGUGCUGGUCGACGAUAAGCGAGUUAAAACCCCCAUCGAAGGUUUGGUCCCAGGAGUUAAGAUCGGUAUAAGCGGAAGCUACGUUCUCCUGGAGACUGAUUUUGGCGUCACAGUCAAAUUUGAUGGAAAACAUCACCUUGAGAUCAACACUCCAAGUACUUACUUUAACAAGCUGUGCGGCUUAUGCGGCAAUUACAACCAGAACGGCACAGACGACUACCUGAUGCCCAACGGGAAGCUUGCCACCAGCGCCGCCCAGCUCGGGGACAGCUGGAAGGCCGAGGGAGACGAUGAUGCUGGUUGCAAACCAGACGAGCCGCACAUUCCCGGCUGUGACCCAAUCAAUGAAGAGGCAUAUAAAAAGAUGUGUGAAGUCGUUAUCUCUACCUCAGGAGCCUUUGCCAAGUGCCAUGCCGAGAUAGAUCCCGAGCCUUUCCUGAAGACGUGCAUCUACGACAUGUGUCAGUUCCACGGGAUGGAGAGCACGCUGUGCGAUAACUUCCAGGCCUAUGCGGAGGCCUGCCGCGCAAAGGGCAUCAACAUCCUGUGGCGCAAUGAAACCUUCUGCCGUGAGUUUUCUGCAUGCGGAAAUGUUUGAAUAUUUAUAGAUAUCCAUUAUAAGAAAAACAUGAAUUAGACACGAGCAACUUUACCUCUAUGGUUGAAAUGUAAGCAACAUAUUCCUUUUUUGCUUGUGUUUUUUUUCUUACCAAAAAUUCCGAGCUAUAUCUAAGAGCACAUGUGGUCAAUAUGUGGAUUAUGGACCAUUUUGUAACACACUGUAGUCUGCACUCCUUCGAUGGAGGAACAGAAAAACUACACAAACUCUCUCCUGAAGCCCUGUCGCAGCGGCUAGCAGACUUCGGCGUUGUCAUUACGCUUGUGAACAUAUUGCUGCCAUUCUCAAGAAUAUAAACAACACUUAACAAAAGGAUUUGAAACAUAACCAAGACACCCGUAUGAUAAAAUCCGUACGUGUCUCUUCAUUAGCACUGCCAUGCCCGCCGAACACCCACUACACGCCGUGCGCCUCGCCCUGCCCGGCCACCUGCUCGGACAUCUAC